GGCAGCAACAUUGCACUCUCCCUUUCCGUACUUCUACAUUUCCUCCCCAUGUCUCCCCCGUCGUCGUAUUUUGACUAUCCUGAACCAGUGGAGGCCCCCGUCACCAAUAAGGAGGUAACGAUGUACCGCCCUGUGCCUUUGAACAACCCGACGUUAAGUGGCUUGCCUUUGACGAUCUUCUCCAAGAUUGUCUCAUCGUUCGGACCUGUGGCUAACUACCUCUGGCAUAACGCUGGUUUCGGCGCUUUACGUCACAUAGAUGUCUUACAGCCUUACCAGACACGAUAUGAGCCUGUGGUUAUUCCGCGUUCACCUGAAUCACCUGUCAGCGAUGGAAUAUCCAUCUUCUCUGGCACGCUCGACCGAACUUUCUACACGUCUGCAGACUACAUCGCUGCCUACACAUCAGGCCGUACCACUCCUACAGACGUAGCCUUUUACUUGCUCAACCUCAUCAAGCACCCUCCCCAUAGCCUUGCGUUCGUGGACGUCAGAGAGGAUCUGACACUCGAAGCUGCAACACAAUCCACCAUUAGGUAUGCAAAUGGAACCCCGAACGGUCCACUCGACGGCGUCCCAUACGUCGUGAAGGACGAAGUGGACGUUCAUGGUUACAAGACAACCUGCGGAUCUGCUAGAAUUUUUGCAAAUGGUGAAGGAGAAACAUCGUGGACUGUGAAGAAACUUCAGCAGACUGGCGCUGUUAACAUUGGUAUAGUGAAUAUGCACGAGCUGGGCUCAGAUAUCACAAACAAUAACCCCGUCAAAGGGACACCGAGAAACCCGUAUAAUACCAGUUACUACACCGGGGGCUCUUCAGGAGGUUCUGCUUAUGCAGUCGGCUCAGGGCUGGUACCGUUCGCUGUUGCCGCAGACGGGGGAGGCUCAGUUCGCAUUCCAGCCAGCUGGUGCGGUGUGUAUGGAAUUAAAACGUCUCAUGGACGCAUCUCUUCUCGUCCCAGUGUCAGCUCAACUCCUGGGAAUGGCGUCGUUGGUCCCAUUGCUGCAACACUUCAAGAUCUCGCCCUGGUAUAUCGAGUGAUGUCCGAACCCGACCCACAUGAACCUUCCUCAGCUGCUUUUCCUAUUCCUCGCGCUCCUUUGGCUUCCAUAGUUGCUCCUCCGAGAAAGCUUUUGGGUAUAUGGAAACCGUGGUUCAACGAUGCACCCGAAAGUAUCACCUCACUUUGCAACGCCGCCGUAGAUCGUCUCGUCACCAACGCCGGCUAUGAGCUCAUAGAGCUCCCAACCAUUCCAUAUCUGAACGAAGGCCGACUCGCUCAUGCAAUCUCUAUCAUGACUGAGAUGGGUGUCUUCACUACUGCAGACGUAUCUCCAUACAAUGCAGCCAACAAGAUCUUUCUCUCCAUCGGCCUGCAAACGUCCGCCUUGGAUUUUGCUCUUGCCAAUAAGAUGCGGAACUUGCUUAUGUCCCACUUCGCUGCCCUGUGGCAGAAAUACCCCGGCAUGAUCAUCGUCACGCCUACAUCGCCAGUUCCUAGUAUCGAAAUUCUAGAAGAGCACUUGGCUGUUGGCGUGAGUGACAUGAAUACCAGUUUGAAGACUAUACGACAUGUCUUCUUGGCGAAUUUUAUUGGUACACCGAGUUUGACUGUUGGGGUUGGGUAUGCGAAAGAGAACGGGAUACCUAUUGGGUUGAUGGGACUCGCUGAGUGGGGUAAAGAAGAAGAUUUGUUUGGAUGGGGCAAGGACGUGGAUGAGGGGUUGACUUCUAGUUCACGUAGGAGGAGGGGUGAGAUCUGGGUCGAUGUUUUAGGCGGUGCAGGUGGUCCGAAGUAGCUGUUCGUUUUGACAUCAGUUGUAAACAUUGUAGUUGCGGGGACUCUGGGUCAUGGUUUGGUAGAACAUAUAUACUUGCAUAGUGUAGAGAUUCUGUGAUUGUAAUACACUAUAACCUGAUGGAAAUAUUGGUUCCACGC